AUGCAUGCAGCGGUCAUCAUGGGGCAUGCAUCGACAGUAGCGGAGAUUGUGAGUCACUUUGCAUCGCAGGUCGACGAAAAUGCAGCCCCAUACAGUCGUUUAUAUUUCGAUGACAAGCUAAAGAGCAGCCUUGGAGUGGUUUAUGAUACGAAACGUGCAUUAUUCCAAAAUGUUGAUGCUAGCGCUCGCGAAAUCAUGCUUUCGUUCCAGGAUAACGGUGAUGCUAAGGUGUUCAAUAUCAUGCACAAUUCAUAUCCGUCCAUAAUAUACGGGAGCGAUGAGGGACGUCUAAUGCUAAAUUACCUGGGCAACUAUAUUGGCAAAGCGUGGUCUGCUGAGAGUGGUUGCCAGCGAUCGGGCUGCACCAUCGAUUCAAGCUUGUUGGUUAGCUAA